AUGUAUGUGAAAUGGUUUGAUACAGGAAUGUUAUACUAUGUGAUUUUAGUGAUUUUAGUGAAUGUCACUUUUUGUCAUUUUCAAAUUUCCCGCCAGUUCCGUCCCCCCCGUACAUCCCGACGUCACAGGGAAUGGAACCCGGAAGACAGAUGCCGGUAUCGGCCGGAUUACAUUGCCGGGGACACUGCAGGAGGGACAUCGCGGGAGCGCAGGACAAGGUAAGUGAUCGAGGGAUCCCGGAGCAGCGUCGCAUGGUAAGCCCGAGUGUAGCUCAGGGGGGUUACUGCUUUUGCUACACUCGGAAAUACCGCCAGGGGGGUUA